AUGGCAGACGCAGCUAAACCCAAAAGGCGCCUUCCCUUCAAGCCCACCGCUUUGCGACAAAAGUCCGACCCGAAGCCCGCGACGCAGAAGAACGACAACGAAGAAGAAGACGACGACGACGAUGGACUCAGUCUGUUCAAGCGCUCCGCCGAGUUCUUCCCCGUCGCAGUCGCCGAACAGGAGCGGCGUAUGAAACGGAAGCAGGCGGAACGAGAGAAGAGCACACAAGCGCGCUCGCCAGAGCGCGAGACGGAGCCUGCGCCGAGAGCGAGCGAGGAGCCUGGCAAGACCGACGUUGAAGGGGAAACAAGGGAACCCGGCACGCCGCCAUCCAAACGCUCGCGAACCAGCGACGAAUCCCCGCAAUCGAGAACAAAGCAGUCGCCUUACAAACGCCGCGAAGGCAUAGAAACACCUUCGAAGCGCUUGACCCGCGCCGCCGCCUCGCGGACGCCUCGGAAGCAGGAGGUGAUACCCCACAAGCCCGUCAUCGCGAUCGAAGAUAGCGACGAAGACCUCGACGACGUCGACGAUGUGGCCAGCGACGAUAUCUACGAAGCGUCGCCCGUCCGCAAGACGCACCGCCGGAGACAGACUUCGGAGCCCGAGGUGUCGCCUCUCAUGAUUGACUCGGACGACCCCUUUGUAGAAGGAAUGGACAAAGACAAAAAGUCAUCUGUCGCAGGAGCGGCAGCGGCACCGGAAGAAGAGGAAGAUGAUGAAUUUGAGGAAUACGUCCGACGCGCCAUGGAGCGUAAAAAGGCUCUCGAGCAGGACGAGAACCAGCUCGUCAACGUUUUCGUCACCUCUGAUAUACCAGGCACCAGGGAUCGGCAAUUCCGCUUCACGCUUGCCAAGCCGCUCAAGGUGAUUCGUAUGAAGUGGAUUGAAGUCCAGCUGGAACGUAUUGAGAUUCCUCGCUCGGAAGUGGAAAGUGUAUUCCUCACAUGGCGCGGUCAUGAGCUGUAUGACACUACGACACUGCAUAGUCUCGACCUGGAGGCUACGUUCCGCAAGAACGGCGGCGGUGGUGGCGACGGUGGAGCAGAUUUGUCCGAGGGCUUCAAAGACGAUGACUGGACAAACGUGCAUCUGCAGAUGUGGACGCGCGAGUUGUGGGAAGAGCACGAGAAGCAAGAGGCGCGGAGGAGGAGACACGACCUCGGAGACUACUCUGACGACGAAGGUGGCGAGCAGGGCGAUGGCGCGGAUGCCAUCGAGCCAGAGGUGGAGCAGAAGAUCAAGGUUCUCCUCAAGACCAAGACGGACGAGCCGCUCAAGACUUCGGUGAGGCCGUCGACCACCAUCGGAACGCUUAUGGAGUUGUUUCGGAAAAUGCGUGGGUUGGCUGAGGACGCGCCCAUCACGCUCAUGUUUGACGGUGACGAGCUCGAAGAGGAGAUGACUGUCGAGGAGGCUGACAUCGGCGACAUGGAAACGAUUGAGGUCUACAUAAGAUGA